UUGUUCAUACAAUGACACCUUCAAGAAUCGUAGGUUUGACGGUAGCUUGCAUAUUGUACAUCUGUAAUGUUCAAGCUAAGCGAGGCGUUGGUGACAACACGCAAGACUGGGGUUACGCCGAGGUUCGCCCUGGAGCCCAUAUGUUCUGGUGGCUGUACUACGCUAAUGUAACAACGGACUUUGCUGAAAAACCUCUGGUUAUUUGGCUUCAGGGAGGUCCAGGGGCUUCGUCAACGGGCUAUGGUAAUUUUAUGGAACUUGGGCCUUUAGAUGUAAAUCUUAAUCCUCGUAAUCAUACCUGGGUAAGAGAUUACAACGUUUUGUUUAUUGAUAACCCGGUGGGAUCAGGCUUCAGUUAUGUUACAUCAUCGGCUGCAUUCGCGAGGACCAAUGCUCAAAUUGCCGACGAUUUGGUGGAAUGCAUGCGAGCUUUUUACAAGCAGGUUCCACAGUUCAGAAAUGUACCAGUUUAUAUUACAUCGGAAUCUUACGGUGGUAAGAUGGCAGCUGAAUUCGCAUUUAAUUGGUACAAGGCUGAAAAAGCAGGAUCUAUUAAGAGCAACCUAAAGGGUGUAGGUCUCGGUGAUGCUUGGAUCUCGCCCGAAGAUAGUGUGAUGACUUAUGCUCCAUACCUUUUGCAAACUGGCAUGGUUGAUACCAGUGGAUAUUUUGACAUACAAAGAGCAGCUAAUAGAACGAGAGAUGCUGUAAAAACAAAUCAGUGGUCACUAGCAACAAACCUUUGGGCUUAUACAGAAAAUGUUAUUAUGCGAGUAACCAGAAAUAUUGAUUUUUAUAACAUUCUUACAAAAGUCAGAACUAGUCAGGCGAUGCGAGUUUUUCGAGAUAAUGAAGAGAGUGCUAAAAGUUUGGUUCGAGAAACUGUAUUACGUGACGGUGAAGGACUAAAUAUGUUGAUGAAUACGAAGGUCAAAGAUACUUUGAAAUUACCAUCAAUCUGGGGUGCUCAAAGUGAUAAAGUAUUUAAUUCGCUCUAUGCUGAUUUCAUGAAGCCUGUAACUCAAGUAGUUCAGCGUUUACUAGAUGAAACAAAUCUCAAAGUUUUUGUCUACAGUGGUCAAUUAGAUCUAAUAGUGGACACACCAGGCACCCUACUUUGGGUUGAAAAAAUGAGAUGGGCAAGGUAUUUAGAAUGGAAAACAGCGCAACGUGUGCCAGUCGUCGUUGAUGGAGUAAUCGAAGGCUACCAGAAGAGCAGCAGUAACUUUGCUUUCUACUGGAUCAAUCGAGCGGGUCACAUGGUUCCUGCCGAUAAUCCUGCUGGAAUGUCCGCUUUGCUAGCAGAUUUGACUCAAAAUUGAAACGGUAAAAAUUACCCUAUAGUCCAAAAAGUGAAGCAAUUUAACACAAGUGCAUAUAACUGAGUUUCAAGUAUGUAACACUGAUUUAUGAAUG